AUGUCAUCCGUCGCUGCAGCACCAGCCAAGGCUCUCCCCUCCAUGGAGAAGCUUGACCCGCUCGUCUCGUUCUACAGGCCGCCCGAGACUUCCGGCUCGAGCUCCAGCGCCGCCGAAGACCACCAACCGCUGUUGAUCAUCAUCGCCGGCUGGACCGGCGCCCGAGAUGCCCACGUCGCCAAAUACGUGGUCAGGUACCAGGCACUGUAUCCUGCGGCCCAGAUCCUGCUUCUCAGGAGCACCAUGAAGCAAAUCGCCCGCCCGGCGCUGAUCGCCCCCGCCAUGAAGCACGCGGCCGCCGUGGUCCACGCCGCCUUCCCACCAGUGUCAUCGUCCUCGUCUGCUUCCUCUUCUUCUUCGCCAUGCCUUCUUGUUCACAUGUUCUCCAACGGCGGAUCUUCCAACAUCGCGAACCUCAUCUCCCACGCCGUGGCCGUCGUCAGCGUCGGCCUCCCGUCGCUCCAGCGCUUGAUCAUAACACCAGUCCUCUACGCCCUGGCCACUCUGUGGUCUGUCGGCAUUGCCCUGGGUCUCCUGCCCGACUCGCUAAGCGACUGGGGAAGGGCGCACAAUCAUGACGCGGGCAACACGACCGAGGUGCGCCGGGUGUAUAUCUACAGCCCCUCGGAUGACAUGAUCGACUACAGAGUCGUCGAGGCGCAUGCCGCCGAGGCCAGGGCUAGAGGGUUCUCUGUGGAGCUGGAGAGGUAUGAGGGCUCGGCGCAUGUGGCACAUCUGCGGAAGGAUGAGAGUCGCUACUGGCAAAUUGUCAGGCGGAUUGUAGAAGGUUCCGGGACUUCGGCGUAG